GGACCGACGCAGGCUGACUCGCGUUGUCGUCGUCGGCGUCGGGCUUGUAGGAGUCUGGAGGGAUGCGGAGGUGCGGGAGACCUGAGUCCGAGUCGACACCACCGUCGUGACCGCCGGCAAGUCCCUUUUCUGUGCCUUCCUUGGCUCAGCUGCCAAGUGUGUCGUGGAGGAACCGCUCUUAGCCUCCAGCCUGGAGAAACGGGGUCGUUCAGGCAGCACUCGUGGGAGACGAGGGCCAGAGAAGGCGACAUUCUUAACCAGGACGCUGUGUCACUCCUCAGUAAAAGGCUCCUCCUCAUCUUCAAAACAGUUCUGGGUUCUGAGCCUGCCGUCCAAGAAACUCAGAAGGAGGAGUUGACAGUCUCUGCGUCCCUCACCUGCCUGGGACAGGACCCGGCAUGUCUCAGGCCACCAAGAGGAAGCAUGUGGUGAAGGAGGUGCUGGGGGAGCACAUGGUGCCCUCUGAUCAGCAGCAGAUCGUGCGGGUACUCAGGACCCCAGGGAACAAUCUGCAUGAAGUGGAGACAGCCCAGGGGCAGCGCUUCCUGGUAAGCAUGCCUUCCAAAUACCGCAAGAACAUCUGGAUCAAGAGAGGGGACUUUCUCAUUGUUGACCCUAUUGAAGAGGGAGAAAAGGUGAAGGCUGAGAUCUCCUUUGUGCUCUGCAAGGACCAUGUGCGCUCUCUGCAGAAGGAGGGGCUCUGGCCUGAGGCCUUCUCUGAAGUGGCUGAGAAACACAACAACAACAGGAACAGACAGACUCAGCCAGAACUCUCAGCUGAGCCGCAGUCAUCAGGAGAAGAGUCCAGCUCUGAAGACGAUUCCGACCUCUUUGUUAACACCAACCGCAGACAGUAUCAUGAGAGUGAGGAGGAAAGCGAAGAGGAGGAGGCGGCCUGAGACCCCAGAACCCACUUUUCCUCUUGCUCAGAGACUCUUUGGCUCCUCUGAGCAUGGACAUUCCCAGGGUGCUCUGCAGGUCUUCCCCACUGGGUGGGGACAAGGCAGAGCCCCUCUCUGAACUGACCUUCUGACCCAGGAGAAUUAAACCCCUGGUGGGUGGUGACUUGUGCUGGUGUCCGAGUCCCUUUCUGGAGGGAAGAGGGACUUGUGAUGAAGUUGAAACCUGCUCCUUGGUGGAGGCCUCACGAGCAGGUGGGCUGAAUGGGCAGGAAAUGGGGAAUAGCUGGAAUUUUCCUAGGUUCUUUCUGUCUCAUUGGGCACUUAGAAGGUGCCAGGCCCUGUACUGUGGCUCCUUGCAUGUAUUUAGUAACUGGGGACAGUCCCACUUCAUUGCCUGCUUCUGGUUAAUGCUGAUUCAGGCAUUCAGGAUUACAGCCAUAGGGCCUAGUGCCCGUCUGCCUCUGUGAGACCCUCAGGACAAAUUUCGUAGCACCUCGUGAGGUGCUUUCCCUGCCUUUCUACACUUUUUUUUUGUGAGGAAGAUCAGCCCUGAGCCAACAUCUGCCAACCCGCCUCUUUUUGCUGAGGAAGAUUGGCCCUGGGCUAACAUCCGUGCCCAUCUUCCUCCACUUUACAUGGGACACCGCCACAGCAUGGCUUGCCAAGCGGUGUGUUGGUGCACGCCCGGUGUCUGAACUGGCGUACCCUGGGCCACCGCAGCAGAGCACACGCACUUAACUGCUUGCGCCACCGGGCCGGCACCCUUUCCCUGCCUUUCUAGUCACCCGUGACGGCAGGAGUGCCCACCUCCAUGCUACUAAGUACAUCCCCUGGUUGGUGGCCUCCUUGUGGCUACUCAGACCGUCACUCCUCAGCCCUCUCGCAAACCACAUCAUCUCGCUUUUCCUUUGAAUCUUUUAUCUCUGGGUAUGUACUCUCUCUCUUCAUUGCUGGCAUUGACCUUCACUGCUCAGUCGCUGAAGAGUUUACCUUCUGGCUUAGAGUCUUCUACCCCGGCUUAUGUCAUUAUUUUCUACAUCCCAUGGAGGGUCUGUUCAGUGCUAUGGCCCCGUAGUUCCUUGAUAUCUCAUCACUAACACCCUUGUCUUCUCUUCCAGGCCUGCUGCCUACAUGCCUAGUCACUCCCUGGACCCCUGACCUUGCUAGAAAUUGAAGCACCUUUUGAAUUCAAAUAGCUGUACAGUCAUUGCCUUCUGGCUUUCUUGCUUAUGUACUUAACUACUGCCUCUGCAAGAAUUCUUUAUCUUCAUCCUCCAAGUCAGCCCUGCCACAUUCUCACCAUUAUGCUCCUGUCUUCACUUCCCUCCUUGUGCAGCAUCAGUUCCACAGUCCACCCCCUCCACUCUCUUGUCUCCCUCCAUUGUAUUCGUCUGGUAAAACCCUAACCCUGGCCAGCCCAGUCAUUCACCUCUGUGCCUGCACCCAAGUUACUGCCAGAGACAACAGCCAACCUGGCCUACUCGUUUUACCUUAAAUUCAUAAUUACAAACCUCAGAUGAGCAGUCAACACUGCCUAGCAGGUAUUUCAAAACUUGUGUCGUAUCUGUCAAUUCUCCCUUCCUCUGCUAGUUACCAACCACAGUUCUUACUUCAUUGAGAAAUAGUAGCCAUUGGAGGGAACUCUCACCUCCCUAUUACCAACAUUGCAGAUGUGCUCAUGGAUCUUCCUUUUUACUUCCCAUUGUAAUCCACUGGGACUUCAGCCUUUCCUCUUGUGCUUUGAAGCCUGUCUCUCCUCUUUCUUAAGGGCUUUUUGUGGGUUUUGUAUUUUUGUCAUCCUUUCUACUGCAUGUGUGAGCAUCAGAUGUGCUGUAGUCUCCCAUCUAAAAAACAACCAGGAAAACCUGUCACUGAUCCCACAUCCUCUCCAGCUACCACUUGGUUUAUCUGCUCCUCAGUCACUUUCUCUUCUGUUUGUUUAGUAUAGCUUUAAAUAUGUACACGUGGAUAGGUACAUGUGUAUCUACACACAUGAAAAUGUAUAUGUGUGUAUAUGUAUACACAAAAAGUAAACUUCAGAUGAGUUGAAGAGUAUAUACACGUAUCUAUCUUUAACUGUUCUGAAGUUUAUUUUUUAUGGGAGAUAGCUUUUUUCCCUAAAGGGCUAGCUGCUUGUCCCUGUAUCAUUUAUUGAAUGGGUCAUUCUUUCCUCACUGAUUUUAAAUACCUUUUUAAAAUAAACUAAACUCCUGCAGGUAUUAAAAUCUGUUUUUGCAAUUUCUAAUCUGUCCCGUUGGUCUCAUGUACACAUACUAUAUAUUGUAGCGUGAUUGCUAUCUCAUAGCACCCUCACCCCUGCCCCUCUGUUUCUUGAAAGUUUCUCAUUUUCUCUUACGUAAGAACUUUAGAACGAACUUGUCAAUUUUCAUUUAGAAGUCCUAUUGAGAUGUUCAUUGGUAUGGCUUUAAAUCUCAUAGUUUGAUUUGGGGAGAAGUGGUAUUUAAGUUUUGAAUCUUCCUACCCGGACAUGAGGUAUGUACGUUGUUUUGUCAGGUGUUGUCUUCAUAUGGGUCUUUUGCAUUUCUAGUUCGGUUUUAGUCCUAGCAGUUUUAGAGUUCUUUGUUGUUAUGAAUGGGAUCUUUUGAAAUUACGUUUCUAACCAUCACUGGCACAUAGGACAGCUAUCUCUGUGUGCUCACCUAGUUGAUGUAGGUGAAUUCUCAUUAGUUCUAAUAAUUCAGUUCUCUUGGCUUUCUAGGUAGAGAGUCAAAUCAUAUCCGACUAGUGGCGGUUUUAUCGUAUCCUUUACACUCAUUUCUUUUUCUUGUGAAUUAGAGGCCAGAACCUCCAGUACAAUGUUGAAUGGCACCCUCAUUUGUUCCUGUCUUAGUGGGAGUGGUUCUCAUGUGUCAUCACAAAAUGUGAUUCUUGCUUUAGGUUUCUGGUAGAUAACCUUCACUAGGCUGAAGAUGUUUCCUUCUGUUCCUAGCUUACUGAGGAUUUUUUUCCUUUAAUCAACACUGAUGAAUUUCAACUUCUAUUGAGAUAAUCAAAAGAUUUUAUUAUUGUACUGAUUUACAUUAAUAGGUUUCCAAAUGUUGAACCAUCCUUGCAUUCUGAUGUAAACACUGCUUAGUUUUAUAGUAUAUUAUUUAGAAUUUUUGUUAUCUAUAUUUGGGCCAACCUCACUUUUUAUUUUAAUGAUCUCCCUGUCCCAUUUUGAUAAUACCAUUAUGCUAGUUUUGUAGAAUGGGUUUGGAGACAUUUAAUCUUUUUCUUUGGGCUUGAAUAAUUUCUAGGAAAGAAAUGUGUUUCUUCAAAGUUUGGUAGAAUUUAUAAAAACAUCUCUGUUUGAUGCCUUUUUUAGGGGUAGAUCUUUGACUGCCUUUUAAUUUCCUCUGUGACAUUUUAUCAGGUUUUCUAUCCUCAAGUCAAUUUUGGUAAUUUAUACUUUUUUAGGAGCAUGUAUUUCAUGUAUAUUUAUGCUUUUCUGGGCAAAAAGUCAUACAUAGUAUUUCUGUCAUUUGGGAAUUCUUAUAAGUGACAAAAUCUAACUUGAACUAGCAGAUGCAAACAAGAGCUUACUGGCCUGAGGUCUAAGAGUACAGGUUUGGGCAGAGCUGAUGCAGGGCCAGCAUGAUUUCAUUAGGGCUCUCUCAUUUGUUUCUCAGAUCGUCUCUGCUCCUCUUGGUUGAUCAAUCCCUUUCUCCCUACAGGUGUUUUUUACAUGAAGCUCCAGUUUAUACUCAGUCCUUACAAAGAGUUCCCUCUUCAGGAUCAUUGUAUUUCUGGGAAGACUGAUUGGUCUUGCUCAGGUCACUUGCUCUUUCCUGAGCAAUCACUGUGGCCAGGGCUGAGUAGGGGGGAUAGAAGAUUGGGGGGAGGCAAGGUGAGCCACAUGUGAUCCAUGUGACAUGCAUUUCCCACAGAAUGGAAUAAGGGGGCAAGAAGUGAGAGCAGAUAAACCCAACAAACGUUUGUCCUGUGUUCUGUGUAUUUUAUUUUCUUUGACUAGCUUUGCAAGAUGUCUGUUGACUUUAUUAGCCUUUUCCUUCUGUUUCUUUGGGUUUAUUUGCUCAUUUCUAGCUUCUUGAAUUGUAUGCUUAACUUAAUUUCAGUCUUGUUUUUUAACAUAUUUAGGGCUAUAAAUUUUCCUCUAAAUACUCCUUUGGCUGUUCCCCAUUUUAUCAUGUGUAUCUGUGAUUUUUUUGGCUUUGUAUCUGUAAGCUUGGCCUUUUGUUUUUGUCCAGCCCUCAGUAAGUCUGUGAUUUGCCUAAUAACGUCUUCCGUGCCCCCCCCCCAAAACCUUUUAAUCUCCACUUCUGCAUCUCUUAUCAGCUAUGUAGCUCCUGUGGGUUGUAGCUAAGAAUCUUGAUGGACAUAGAGUCCUAGUAUUCUGCAUACUACUCCCCUUUGUCCUUCUCUGAAGCUGAAUUCCACGUCUGUUCUCCCAACUGAGUGGUGGAUUCCAACCACGGAUGAAUAGAUCUCCCAGAAUGAGCUGAGUGUUUUAAGAGCCACAGCCAGUCUGUGUGAUUGAGACUUGUGGCCCUUCAGACUCUGAGCCUCUGUCACUUUAGGGCCAACCUUUACAGCCAGGCCAUUUUCCCUAGAGCUUCCCCAUGCAGCUCACUGUCCUCCCUUGUCAUCCAGCCACCUGUAUAUGUGUGCGAGGCGCACACACGGCAAUCUGAGCUAGCCACGUGGUUUUUCUCCUGUAAUCUGUAAAUGUGGUGAGAUAUCUUGACAAUUUCUCACAUUAAGACGUCUUUGCAUUCCUGGAAUAAAAAAGUCAUGAUGUAUUUUUGAA